GCCAGUCCGUCUCAUUCCCACAGCCAACGGCCCACUGGGCAGCGCUGGCAGCGGGUAGGCUACUAACUCAGAGCCUCUCUCUCAGCUAAAACCAGGACCUCUGACAUUUUCUCUGUUUGUCCGUUUCGUUCUUAUUGUCCUUUAUAUAUAUAUAUAUAUAUAUGUAUAUAUAUAUAAAUAUACACAUUUGCUCCUUUUUUCUCGUCUUGAUCACGGCCAAUGAUGGACAAGGGUAUUAACAAUAGGAUUCCUGGGGCUUUUAUUUUUUAUUUUUUCUUCCAAAAAUCGUAAUUAUUAUUAUAUUGUUGUUGUUAUUAUUUCACAUAUGAAGGAUGGCUGAGAGCUGUAUUCAGAAGUCGUUAGGGUUUGAAAGCUUCAGAAGGAGCUCGCUGGCAUCGGCUGCAGAAGCACUAUUAUGUCUGGAGGCAACAUGGCAGGAGCAGUCUGGCUGAUGAUGCUCUCAGUAAAGCCCUGAGAGGGCCCCUUUGUUUCAAAUGAAGCUGCAAAGGAGCAUGGGUAUUACUUUGUCGUCUUUCUGGGGAGAGGGAAAGAGAGAAAAUGGAGAGAGAGAGAGAGGUGAAAAGAGUGUUGCGUUGCAGUCAUUAUAAUUAGCCUUAAAAACUUAUCUUUAAAACAUUUCGAGAUUCACAUCUAUUGUGUUAAAAGGACGAAUCAUGAUUGGGCGGUUCAAAAAGAUACAAAUGAUGAAUUACGGAUUCAACAUUUUUGAAUGGAGGUAGAAUAUUGUAUAUAAUGGUCCUAAUGUGACAACAGCUGAAGACCAGAAUGUGUGUACCCCAGUUCAUAACUUGAGAACCAGCAUUGAAAGCUGAAACCAGUGAUAUCUGAAAAAAAGGAUUGUGUUGAAAUGUUAAUAUUUAUGCUCAUGUACCAAGUUUUGCACUUAAAACACAAACCUAAAAAUCUAAGCAAAAUGUCAUCUGCCAUGGUGAAAUGCUAGUGCCAAAAUACAUAAAAGAAAGCCGGACAGCUACAGUAUAGUGUCUCAGAUCUGCGCCCGAUUCAGAGAAGUGCUCCAUAGUUCUUCACCUGGAGAUUAGCUUUACUUUUAAUUUGGGUAGUCGACAAAAAGAUGCCAUUCAACACUCACCAUCACCGCGAUUUUUGUUUUGAAAAUCUAAACCUUUGGACUGAAACUGUACCAAGAGAACUACAUGCAGCUAAUUUCAUCCGAUUUAAAUAGUGACCUUGGACAAUUAGUGUUAAGUGGUCAUAAUUUCAAAGUUUUAAAUGUUAUUUCAUUUCAAGGUUAUACAAAGGUCACCCAGACUCUUAAAAAUCACACAUCUUCUUUUGUGUUUGCUUUUGUGUAUUGUUUAUUUUUGUUGCUGUCUGCAGUAAUUUCAAAGAUGUGGUUGUUGCAAUAGCGUGCCAAGCAUUGAGAAGAAGAACCUGAAAGGAAUUUCCAAGAGCUGCAUCAGAUCUUGUCUGAAGAAAUAGCGAGGUCCUUCACUUGGAAUCCAAUCAUCUUAUUCUUAACAUCGCUGGAUCAAAGGAGUUGUACAAGAGAGAGAGGGGGAGAGAAAGGCAGAAAGAAAAGAAAGUUCAGUUCUCUUUGUAUUGGUAUAACUUACACAUGCUGUUUCUUCCAUUCCAAACUGACCGGAUCAAACGGAGGCCAAGUGUGAUCCUCUCUGGACAAAGACAGUUCAUAUGUAGGGCUUAGAUGAUUAAAUGUUUCUGACUGGU